AUGGGCUGGCCAUUUGACCUGGAAGGGAUCCCCGACUACGGAGAUAUUGUGCGUUUUGAAGGCUACUCGAUCGAGGAUCUUCUUCAGCAGGCUUCCACUCCAUUUGGUAGUAUCACUGAGAUGCGCCCACCUUAUCGCAAUGGCGUUCUGAUGAUCUCGAACAUCCCGUACACUGUGACUCGCCAGGAGGUGGCCUCGUUCCUUGGACGCAGUGCUAACCUUCUCCCAUCUUCUCAAGGAUGCCCGAUUCAUAUCAUAAUGGAACGGUCCACUGGAAAGACUAUGGAUUGCUAUGUUGAGUUCCCAACUAAGGAGGAUGCUGAAGAUACCGUCAACCGCAUCAAUCAUGCCUAUGAUGCUGGCAGCAUGCCACGUAUGGGCAGCCGCCAUGUUGACAUAGAGCUCAGCACCCCGGCCAAGCUGCUCAAGGCUGCCUUUCCCCGGGCGAAAUGCAUUUCAUGGGAGAAUGGAAUUCCUGUUCAGCUUGUCAACAAAGAUAGUUGGUCCACUGGUUUUGAUGGCUUCCUCACCGACGAGGAAUUGUUUUGCCUCGUUCGUCUUGCAGAACAACCGCAUCGUAGCGCAUUUGCUAGCAAGGUUCCUCAGCGUUGCUAUGAAUCGUUCAUUACCACUAUCUGGAAGUUUUAUUCCUACGUCAUGUCCAACGGUUCUGUUCUGCGCACCGAGAACGAUGGUCUACUCAACAAGCAUACUCACCCUGAGAUCGAGCGAAUUUUCGGACGAUUCUGGUUUGAGUGGGACGAUGGCGUUGCCCGGAACAAGAUUUUCAAGGACGCAAUCAUCUACGAAGCCAGUGUUCUUCGGAAAUUCAUAAUCACUGGAUUCCAGCAGCUCCACAGAAGAAAAUCCAGCAUCUCAACCAUCGGCACUGCUCCUGGCUCUUCGCCAACCCACAGUCUUGCGUCAGUCGACAGUCAACGCACAAUCUCAAUAUCCCAAAGUGUCUCGGUGAACCCCAACCCUGCUUCUCAGGAAAGCUCGACUGUUUCGGCUACCAGCAAUAUGCCUAGCAGCCUCCAUGAGCAUAGCAAUGACUGGAAUGUCCCUGGUAACCCCCAUGCUAGCUCUCAGCGACUUGAUGCUGACCAAUAUCUGCCGGAUACCCCCACCCAUCGGCCUCGUGCAUCGGUCCCUCCCUACCGUCCGCCACAUCAACGACCUGCCGAUCAAACCAAGUCCCGUAAUCAGGCUGUUAGCUGGCGCAUGCCUCAAGCCCAGGAGGUACUUGUGGCUGGCUCAACACAGAGCCAUACUGAGAUCCGACCCGUGUAUCGUGCUCCGCACUCGACUGCGCAGAACGUUCGAUCGUCCUCUGACCCUUUCGGACCGGUCCCUUCGAUUGCUCCCACUAGCCAUCGCUCUCGCUCCGACGCCACCCGUCUGUCGAACAUCGAUCAACGGGCCUUUGAUGAGCUCCGAGCUGCUGGCCGCGGUACCCGAUCCGCAAAGAAGUAA